AUGUUACCUGAGAUGAUCAACUCCUCGAAUGGGCGAGUGCUUAUUGAUCCGUGCUUGCGACGCGAACCGCCGGUUUCUUCGACUUCCGUUAAGAGUCCAUGUGAGCCCUCCCUUGCUGCAAAUAUUCAUGCAGGAAUGAUCAUGAAGAUAAUAUUACUUCUGGGACUUCUGAGUGUCGCAAUUGUUUCGGAGGCCGCUACUAAGCGAGUUGACCCAGAGGAGUUCACCGGACUGCCCAUGGUACCGCUACCGCCAAGCAAAUACGAUACAAAAAAUCAAUUGUCUUCCGACUCUGUGUCAUAUACAGCAUCAAUGCCUUUAGCUCCUCCCCCCGCCUGGUCCGACAUGGCUGACACAGCGCCUGCAGCAGUGAGGGUCUCCUUCCAGGAAGUGGGGGCCAACCCCUCGGUGCCCACUUAUCCGCCUUCCUCGCCCAGUGUCAACAGUGGCUCUUUGCCACCGUCCUACAAUUAUCUUCCCUCGGAUUCCCGGCCGCCAUCACCGCCCGUCCCAGCCCUGGUUAAUAUGACCGGCGUCGCAUUUUUCAUUGGACCCGCUGCCUCUUGCACGGGUUCGGCGGGCGUUGGUCCCCUACAUGCCCCCGUGUCUACAAACACCCGGGGGGAGAUCUCGGGAAACGGCCUCGUGGUGGCGGGUCGGGAGGGCCAUAAGGUGACCAUUGAGGCGCAAAACUGUACGGAUGCCUUUACCGGACAACAGCUACCCUUCAGCAUUUCAGCCCCGUGGUUGAUUCCCCCCCCGGAAAACUCGACGGCCCGUGUAAUCGUAACACCUGCAACUCGAUUACUCGUACACGUCCUGCGAUCCCAAAACGGAAGCAACUUCUCUGCCGACACGUUUGGCAGUGGCUUGGGUAUCUCGUCGGUGGCGUACAGCCUGCUAGGUGUGUAUGCCUCGGAUGUUGAGGGAGGCGCAUUUCAGGCACUCAGAAACAAUUUCUUGGAGAGGCUCAAGGGUGUGUAUAUGUUAUAUGCGGACACAGCGCUCGCAGCCUUGGUGGUCAUCGCAGCCCCGGCCGUCAGCUUCGCCGCCCCUAACUCUGCGCUGUGUCCAACGCCUGACGCCUACGUCGAUGCCAUCUUCGACUCCCUAGUCGCGCUACGCCCAGAGCAAUCUUUCGCCCUCGACCUCACCAACACCACCCUCUGCACGAACGUUAUCCGCGUGGCGACGGAGCAAUGCGGCGGCGGCGCCGCCGCCGCCGCCACCGCCGCAGCGACCGUGUGCCGCCUGUACGGCAACGCCGUGGCGACGCUGCUAUCUCCGGACAACUCACCCGAGGAUUUGGCCCUGGUGCCGCUGGCGGCGGUGGCCCUGGCGGCGCGGGUGUCGUACGUCGUACAGGUCAAGGCCGUGGCUGCGGCCGCGGCGGCGCUGGCCGGUGACGGCACGGCAAUAAACGCCUUAAUCGAAGCGACGCUGUAUGCAGAACUAAUCUUCAGCAAAGCAGUCGCCACACCUGCAGUCCCGCACAUUCGCAAAUCACCUCCACCGCCCCCCGCCUACGGCCCUCGCGACCCAACAGGCGCCCUGGGACUCGACGCGGUUCCAACCGUGGGGGCGAUCUCCGUGCACGUGCGCGCCUCCGGCUCGCUUACGGGCUGUACGGUCAACUACUUCCAAGUGACUGAUGUGCUAAAUUCCCAGAACGCAAGCACGAACGACAAGGGCGUUGCAACCUUUAGCAACGUCACCUUCGGGUUGGCAACGGCCUAUCCAGGUUGCCGCGACGCGGCUUUGUCCGUCGGCGGCAAAACCGUUCGCUCGCAAAUGACGAUGCGGGCCUUCGUACCCCCGUCUGUCAUUGGCAGUUCCGUUUUCAUCAAUCCGGCCGCCUACCUAGCGUCACUCGUAUACAUGUACAAUCUUUCAGAGCAGGCGCCGCGCACCAUUUCCGCCGCCGACUACGCGGCCGUGUACAACUACUUCGGCGUUGGCGUAGCCGGCGCGGCGGAUGCACUGCCGUCAGAUGCCGACUUUGUACGGCAAAAUUGGCGUGACAGCAGUCCGCUGGUGGCCCGCGUGUAUCUGCUUAACCAGCGGCUGCUGAAUGCGAUUGGACCGGCGAGCAGCUUUAUGUCGGGCUUGUUGAAUUACACGAUAUCCACCGAUGACGUGGCGCAGUCGUACUUUGCGAACAUGUCGUACCAUCUCAUUCAGAAAACACUUCAGCCCGACAACAAAACCUACCUGAAGGGCCUUAUGCGCGAUUCCUACAUCGAAUGGACCGGACAGCUAUCAAAUGGCUCCGACGGGAACAGGAGCCCCGCGAGAAACCGCCGGCUGCAGCAGAUUUUGGAUCUGACUACGCUGGACCAGCUGCUAACCGCCGUCUCGUCGGCAGUAGCGGAGGUGAGCAGCAUGCUCGUACAGCUCGACCGCCAGGUGACGACGGCGGCGGCAGCGGGCCAGACCGUCGACGUCACCGCCGUACUGCUGUCCGCCGCCAAGGUCGCUUCCGUUGCGCAGUCGUCGCUGACCACCGUUUUGACUGACCUCGCUGUCGCCGCCAGCACCGGCAACACCGCCGCCUUGACGGCCCUCACAACCGCGCUGGCGGCCAACUUCAGCACAGCAGGACUGCAGGCCCAAGUACAGAACGCGCAGGUCGACGAGAGCGGCAUCGGCGCCGUCAGCGACGCCACGCUCCAGGGGAGCGGCAACGCCGCCUCCCCGCCGCCGCCGGCGCCGCCAGCGUCCAAGAAGAAAAAGACCGUCAGCAUGCCCGUACUUGCCGGCAUCAUCAUCGGCGGUGCAUUCGCCGCCGGGAUAGCGGUGGCGGCUGUAGCGGCGGUUAUCGUACACAAGCGGCGGUCCAAGCAGCGCGUGGGCGACGGCAAAGCUAUGGCGGCGGCGCCGUCAGGGCCGUCUGGAUACAACAACGCCUCCGUUGUAAACGUCGGGCAGCAGGCACCUCCGCCGGGGAUGACGACCGUCGUCGUAGUCGGGCCCUCUGCAGGCAUCAGCCAACCGCAGCAAUUGGCCACGACCAGCCGCGGCUACGCCGGAGCUAUGCCGGUGGCGGAACGCGUGGAGAUGUACGGCACUGCGGAAGGAGAAACGGCGGCAGCGGCGGCGGCGGCGGCGGUGCCGUGGGCGAGUCCUCGGGGUGAGGCGAUGUGCAACAGCAACACCCCGCGCCAGCAGCCCCGUGGCUUUAACGUCACCAUCGUCAGCGCCCCAGCUGCUAAUGCUGCUUGCGGCGUUGGCGGUGAUGCUGCCACGCCCCGUGACUCUGUCCCGCGGCAGAACAUGGUUUGCCCCGAGCCCGCGCCGACGGCGGCGGCGGCGGCGGCGGCAGCGGCGGGGGCAGCGGCGGCAAAUUCCGCUGGCAUCCCCUUCUCUGGCGUUUCCAAGGCGCCCGACAGCAGCAGACUCGAUGAGAACGGAACUUGGUGGGCUGCCGCGUACUGA